AGGCGCCACUUUUCCUUCGCAUGAAAAUAAAGUAAAAACAAUCAGAUUUCAAGGCUCAUAUUGUAUUUCCGCAAGAGCGACGAACAUUUUUCGUGCCACUGGUUGCUAUUAAACGACUGACCUGUUCAUCAUAUGACUCGAAAUGCACGUGAUUUUGUAUUUACAGGGAGAUUUCCUGGCAACGCUUUCAAUAAACUUAGUGCUAAAUGAUCAAAUGAUGUUGUAAAGUGUUAUGGCCUUAUUUAACAGGCUAUUCUCUUCUCGCAAGAAGAAUUGCUAUAAAGGUCAAGAUGCAGUUUGCGAGAACCUGUUUAUUUUAACCAAGAAACAAGUAAGAGUGCUACUGUUCAGAGAAUGCGACUUCAGAGGCCGUAAACUGUUAUUCGAUUCAGAGUCCGUGCAGAAAAUCGAUCUUGCUGACAAAGGAGACUUGCGGGAUAAUUCAACCACUAAUAAGUGUAAUGAUAAAUUUGAGGAAGUUUCAAAUGGAUAUGGUUAUCAAUACAUUAAACCUUGCUGUGAUAUCGGCCAUUUGGGAGAAAUGGUAUUUGGGGCCGUUGCUAUGAGUUAUAGGGGCACUUCAUUGAAAAUCCACAGUUUGAAAUCGCCAUCGCGGCUCAUGUGCUCGCAGAUCUUUCCGAGUCCACGCCAUGUCUCGAGGAGGUGUCAUUCUACGUCUAGUCAAAGCUGUGCGCGUAGCUCGGUUGCGUCAUGCCAAAGUUUAGAACAAUCUGUUAGGUUAGAUAAUUCGGGUCCAAGUAGUAAUACGUCUACAAGUGAUCGACUUUCGCUCCAUAGCAAUGGUUCGGAUGCACUUUUAGUAUGUAGAGGACCUCGGAGCAUACCACUAGAUGUACCUUUGUCGAGUUCGACGACGAACUGUAACAAUCUUACACCAAGUGUAGUGGGAGAUUCCGGGUUUAGUGGCGAACAGUCGUGUAAUAGUAUAGGUAGCGUUCCUCUAUCAUUCCCUCUUCACGAAGGUGAACAGGUUUCGUUUUCAUGUGGCAGCUUGUACAAGAAAUGGUUGCGCAGUACCAGUACUUCGUUAGAACAUUCAUCGACAUCAUUAGCGGGAUCGGGAUCGACAGACGAAUGUAUUUUAAAAUCUCACGGGCGUAGAAGUAAAUUGGGUUUAGCAAUUAUUAUCGAAUUACCUGCGGGACAAGAACAGUAUAUGGAAUUAUUUCUAAUGGAACACGCAUCUCUAAUAGAAUCUAUGGUUUGGAAAGCCAGGCAGAGUGUCGAAGUUGCCUACAGUCGCCAUGGCAGUUUUGUCUCUCUAAUGUUUGAGGUUGCAAUGAAUAUAACCCAAUGGCUGAUAGAUAUGAUUUCUGGGCCUCUACUUUCCAACCAUCUGUGGAUCUCUCUCGCUCCAAUCUGUGAUAAUUUAUUCAGUAUUAAACAUAGUGAUAGCAUUAAGCAGAAGUAUAGUAACAAUAACUAUACUCAUGAUUCGUACUAUUAUAGUGAUAGAGAGGUGUGCUUGACAAUGUCGUUAAACGUUUUGAAAGACAAAUGUGCCAACGGAAGUGUAGAACACAAACUCACAAAGCAGCAUUCGAGUGCAUCUCUCAGCAGUAGUUUUAAAUAUGACAAUUGUAUUUUUGAUACACCACAAACUACAAGUAAAAGUGCCGAUUUUACGUUUUUAAACUUAACUAGGUUUUUACGUAAUGAAUUUAGCAGUGUGGGCGUUAAGAAUGGUUACGCAUAUGAUGACAAAAAUUUUAUGGCUGAAAAGUAUGUUACCGAAUUGUGUGAGCUUUUGGACUGCAUCGACAUCAAACAUACAAACUUCUUCAUUAGUACAUUGAUCACUGCAGUAUUAACUCAUCAUUUGGGAUGGGUGAACACUGUUUUACCGCCAUCUUUAAAGGACACAGAAAAGUUAUCAAAAUUGCACAAUCCAUGUAAUCCGCUGUGGGGCCAGCUUACCGAUUUAUAUGGCGCUAUUGGACAUCCCACGAAAGUCUCUCAUACGAUCAUUACUGGAACAAACAAAUCUGACUUAAUCUCGAAAAUUUUAAAUUCGCUAACCUAUUUCAUACGGUGUAAUGAUAUAAAUCGGAGGUGCUUAACACGAUUAGAUAUUAAAGAAGACAACAAAAUGGUAGAUUGCAUUUGCCAGCAGAAUUCUUACAUUCCAAAAGAAAAUUACAAAAAGUACGAGGAUCACUUGAGAGAAAUGGACAUUGCUCACAAUGAUACUUUAUGUUCAAAAAAAGCACACUCACUAAAUUCAAAAGGUGACGCUUCUGAAGGAAUAGAACUGCAAAAUAUAAAUCCAAGCAUCAAACUCUUGGAAUAUUCGAAUUCCAUAUCUGAAACAGCAAAUGUCGACUUAGAUCCGAAACCCCCAAAACAAAAUGGUUUAAUUAAAAGAACGACUCGCCUUACAGAUCUAUAUAAAAUGGAACCUGAGAAAACUCAGCGACUUUAUCCUUGUCUAGAGGAGCUACACCAAUCAGAAGGUGUAACGCCAAUUACAUGCGAACCGGCGAGCCCUCACGCGCUCUUGGACAAAGUGAAAAGUUUAGGAAUACAGGCGGUUGAUUCGAUACCUUUAGAUAAGGAGAAAGAAUUUCAAUUGACUAACGCGAUUAUCAAUGAAAAGGUAAGGAAAUUAUGUCGAGUACCUGCCAGCGCUUUAUUAUACCACACGGAGGCGUCGAAUGAUCGACUUGUUGAUAUUCAUGAGGCAAGUAUUCAGGUGCGCAAAGCAUUUGCGCCUAAGAUUGUAAACAUGGAAAAACAAAUGAAAUGUGCGCCUAGUUCUGUAUGUGAGGAAGAAGACUGUAAUAAGAAAAAUGUAAUAUUUGUACUCGGGGACAAUGAAGAGCUUGUUGGUUUAAGGAAGGAUAGUGAACCUUUCUCAACUGUUACUUGUGAAGAUUAUGUAGAGCAGAAGAAUUAUGAGGCAUAUUGCAAUGCAGAGUUUAGGGUUGAAGAUGUGAAACCAUCCACGUCUUGGAACUCGGAGAAGGUGAUUAGUCAUUCAUCGACAGAGUGCGGGACAUUGGAAAAAGAAUGUGAAUUGGGAUCUCAAAAAGAAUUUUGCCGUUCUCAGAGUGUUCCCCCUGAAGGCAACAAAAGAGAACUGAAUAAUGAGAGUGCAAAAGACAAGUCGAAGUAUAGAUAUUCCGGUGUGAAAUUUAACAUUCAGCAGUAUCCUCAAAUUGUCACCAACUACAUGCGAAGCAAGAAUUUGGAAUUAUCUCAGAUACAGUUCUCCGAAAAGGCGUUGAAAUUCAAUAAUCCGCAUUAUCCGGAAUUCGAUUUCAGCAGUUGCAGCAAUCAGGUGGAGGAAAUUGAGAUACUUCAAACGCCUUCGAACGCGUCCGAAUUGGAAUUUACCAGCGAUUUGGUGGUGGAUAACUGCGACGUGCAGCACGCGAAAGAGGUGCUCGAGUGGAGGGAGAAAACAUUUGUUAGAAAUCACGUUCCUAAUACGAUAAUUAAAGAACCUCAGUUCAAUUAUUGUCCGAAAACUGAAGUGACUGAACAUCCGUUACAGAAGACUGACAAUACGAAUAACGCCAUGUUUGAGUAUGAGGAGUCUAAUGCUUCGGAAAAGUUUGGUUUGGAUCAGCAGUACAAGUUGAACCAGAUGCAGGUGCUGGAAUUGCCUAUGCCUAAAUCAGAGCCAGUGAAAUUAGAUCACGUGCCAAUAAAUUAUACAAGCUCAUUAAUGAGAGGUAUGGGAGAUCGGUACAUAUCCAACAUGGUUCUUCAAGGUACGUCAGCACCAAAAGCAGAAUGGGAAUCUUCGUUACGAAAAGAUCUCUCAAUAGCGGCCAGAUGUCCACUUCUAGAUCAACCUGUCGACGAAGCUAUAGCUAUUGUUGCAAACACAGACACUUGGGAGGUUCAAUUGCUGUCUAGUCACACUUAUGUAGUGGAUAGGGGAUCAUCUGGUGUGAGAGUGGGAAUGUCGCAGCUGGUCGCCAAUAUGCUAGAAACAUUACUUCAGAUGUGGAAGUUGCGUACCCCACCCCAAUAUUGUGUCAUGCAUAUCGAGCAAAAAUUACAAGAAUUUUGUGUAUUGUCGCAGUCGCUUACCGAGUUACUUUUAGCAACUGAGUUUUGCAGUAUGGAUUUACUUACUUCCGUAUUACAAUUGGAAAUUAACGACGUACCGUUAUUAAUGGCGGUCGCUUCGACUCAUUCACCUCAACUUACCCAAAAAUACGGACUGAGUUUCCAAUGACAUCCUCUUAUGGAGAUCGGCACAAAUAACAUACCAAAUUAUUUUAUUGUAAAUAGUUUGUUAACUAAUGUCGCUGUAUUAUUAUUCUUAUUUAUAAACUAUAUAAGAUAUUUUUUAUAAAACAAGGGAUACAGUUCAAAACUGCAGAAAAAUAAAGGGUGAUAUUUUUUACAUUAA